AUGGCAGAGCCUUCAAAAACUACUUCGACUGAGUCGGCCCCACUGAGGAUCGCCAUCGUUGGCGGAGGUGAGUGUGAAUGCUGGCGGGUCGACCGAUCGCCCCACAUCGUCGUGGCACGAACGCCGCUGGCGAGCUCGAGCCCCAAGCUCCAAUGUGUUUCGAUACUGACAAAGCACCUUCUAAACGCACAGGCAUUGCGGGACUCACAGCAGCGAUCGCAGUUCUUCACUAUUCGAAGCAGAACCCGGAGAGUAACGUGCGAUUGGAUGUGUACGAGAGUGCAGCGGCGUGUGAGUUCAUCGACUCGGCCCGGAUAGAUGAAGGCCGAACCAGUCUGGGGGACCGUCCGAGCUUCCGAUGGCAGGAUCGGGGCAGCGAUCUUGCAGACACACUGCCUGUCUUGACAUUCUGCACCUUCUGAACCCACGCUUCAAAGUCGCAGCACUGACUUUCCCUUCUUGUUUCCCACCCUUACAAAGUCGCCGAGAUCGGCGCCGGCGUCGCUCUAGGCCCGAACGCGCAGACCUCGUUGCGCCUGAUCGGAUGUGGGGAAGCGCUGGAGCGCAUUGCGGGUAAGCAAGGUCAAAGCGACGACGAUCUUUGGUUCGACUUUCUCGUCGGGGCGAAAGAUCAUCCUCAAUCCGGAAAGGACAUCCAUUCUCUUCGGGGAAAGAUGGCCGGAAGAGGGAAUGUGCAUCGGUACGUCGACGACAACCUCAGUCGCUUUCUCGAGCUCGUACCGUGCGAAGAUUCUUCCUACUGACGCUAAGGACGUCUUCAGAGCCGACUUUCUCGAUGGACUCAUCCAAAUGCUCCCUACCGAUCAAGCCCAUUUCAAGAAGCGCUGCAUCAACUAUACUCCGCAUUCCUCAGGAGUGACCCUCCACUUUGCCGACUCGACGACGGCCGAAGCGGAUGUCCUCGUCGCUUCUGACGGGAUCAAGUCCGUUUUGCGCGAGGCGAUGUACGUCCGGAAAGGGUUCAAGGACGAGGCGUUGGAGAUCCAACGAGCAAGGUACAGCGAGUGGAUUGCUUGGCGGGGAAUGGUGGAGAGGGCCGAAUUCGAACGAAUCUUUGGGAAAGGAGCGAGUGACAAGAGGAUGUUGUUGGGACAGGGGAGACACAUCUUGGUCCGUUCGAACCCCUCCGCGAAAGAAGAGUGACUUUUCUGAUUGCUCUCGAUCUUUACCCUCUUUAGCACUUCCCCGUCCGUGGUGGUGCCUUGAUCAACAUCGUCGCAUUCGUCAAAGACCCGGCGCAUGCCAAACUCGGAGGUCACACUGGGCCAUGGUGGGAAGCUCGACCCAAGGCCGAGAUGCUCGAAGAUUUUGCUUCGUUCAACGAGUCGAGCUUGGAGUUGCUCAAAGUGCGUCUCCUCGCUCUGCACGCAACUUCGGAACUCUCUGCACUGAUGAACGAGUACUGACUUGCUGAUUCGCAUUGUGAAUGCAGGCGAUCAAAGAUCCUUCGAUCUGGGGCAUCUUUGAACUGCCUUUGAUUCCCCACGCCGUCGACGAGCGUAUCGUCUUGGUAGGAGACGCGGUGAGUACCAGCUUCGACCCGACUGCCUCUCAACCCCGGCUGAUCCGACCCUUCUUAUCCCAUAGGCGCACGCCACUACCCCUCACCAAGGUUCCGGCGCUGGCCAAGCGAUCGAAGACGGUCUUUUCGUCGCCCACGUGCUCACCCAUCCCCUCUUAUCCAAAUCCUCCACCUCAUCUACGCGCUCGACCUCGCUCCGCACCGCUCUAAGUCUCUACGAAGCCGCGCGCCAUCCCCGAGGUCGUCGCGUACAAUCAACCUCGUAUGAAGCGGGGCUUUUGUACGAUUUCCUCGACCCGGUCGCGGGGGACGAUAUCGCCAAAAUCGAGGCGAAUCUUUCCGAACGUAUGAAGUGGAUUUGGGAAAUAAAUCUCGAGAAGGAGUUGUCUGAACUGGGGGAAGAACUAGGACGUCUUUUAGCUCAGUAG